AUGGAGUCUUUUUCGAGCAUUGUGUCCCUGACAUACGCUCGCAGGCCACAAGCCUCAUCUCCAUUGCAGACAAGCUGGUCCACGAAGCACGAACUCAAUGGAGUCUUUUUCGAGUAUUAUGUCCCCGACAUAUGCUCGCAGGCGACAAGCCUCACCUCCACUGAAGACAAGCUACUCCUCGAGUACAAACUUCAUGGAGUCUUUUCAAGCGUCAUGUCCCCGACAUACGCACACAGGCAACGAGCCUUACCUCCAUUUUUCAUCUGCUAUCUGCUCUUCAACUGCUUCUGCAUCCACAACAUUGCUCUGCUCACUUUGAGCAGGGGGAAGGUCAAGAUAAAGCUGCUUACCGUCUUCAUGUUCGAGAGGGCAACAAGGAGAAGCACUAUUCCUGCAAUCCGAGUAUCCCAGCUUGUACGCAUUAGCAAUAAUCUCAUGCUUGGAUGCCUCCGUGGCUUCAACAUGAGUGUCGAACUUGACCAGCGGAGCUAUCGCUAA